UUGAGCUUCGUCACUCUCAGUCCGGAGCGGAAAAAGCAUCGUCGGCGCUCGCAGACCCGGCCGCCUCGCUUUUCCACGGGUGGGAGGAGCCGCUUCCUGCGAUUGUGCGCUGCCUCAUUUUCCCCCCACGACGCGCACACUGACUGCGAGGGAGCCGUCCAUGCGCGCAGCCCCGAUCCGCGGACUCCGCUCUCCGCUCCGCUGUCCGGACUCCCCGCCUUCAGUCCGCAGCCGUUCGGGCGCCGCGCUCCUUCUCCCCCUCGGCCACCUUUCCGCUCCUUCCUCCGCGCCGCGCCGGACUUCACCAUGACAGCAGACAGCGCGCUCGGGCACGUACAGCUGGUUACUGACCAGCUUCUGUGGGAUUUGAUGUCGCCUCUAGAUCGGUCCGACUGAAGAUGGAUACCCUGGAGUCGGAGCUGACGUGCCCGAUCUGCCUGGAGUUGUUUGAGGACCCCCUGCUGCUGCCCUGCGCCCACAGCCUGUGCUUCAACUGCGCUCACCGCAUCCUGGUGUCGCACUGCUCCACCAACGAGCCCGUCGAGUCCAUCUCCGCCUUCCAGUGCCCCACCUGCCGCUACGUCAUCACGCUCAGUCAGCGCGGCCUGGAGGGGCUCAAGCGCAAUGUGACCCUGCAGAACAUCAUCGACCGCUUCCAGAAGGCCUCCCUGAGCGGGCCCAACUCCCCGAGCGAGAGCCGCCGCCAGCGGCCCCACAGCAGCACCGCGCGCAGCAGCCCGGCCAGCGCCAUGUCCCUGGAGCGCGUCGGCUGCCAGUUCUGCGAGCAGGACCCGCCGCGGGAGGCGGUCAAGACGUGCGUCACCUGCGAGGUGUCCUACUGCGACCGCUGCCUGCGAGCCACGCACCCCAACAAGAAGCCGUUCACCAGCCACCGGCUCGUCGAACCCGUGCCCGACGCGCACCUGCGCGGCCUCACCUGCCUGGAGCACGAGAACGAGAAGGUGAACAUGUACUGCGUCGUGGACGACCAGCUCAUCUGCGCCCUGUGCAAGCUGGUGGGCCGCCACCGGGACCACCAGGUGUCUUCGCUGAGCGACCGCUUCGACAAGCUCAAGGCUUUUCAAGUGAGCCCCGGCAGACUAUCUGAAGCUGUUAUCAUGGAGGCGUCAAAGACGAGCGCAGCGCAAACCCUGGAGAACAACCUGACGAACCUGGUGAAGAGGAACAGCGAGCUGGAGAACCAGAUGGCCAAGCUCAUUCAGAUCUGCCAGCAGGUGGAGGUGAACACGGCCAUGCACGAAGCCAAGCUGGUGGAGGAGUGUGACGAGCUGGUGGAGAUCAUUCGCCAGAGGAAGCAGGUCAUCGCUGUCAAGAUCAAGGAAUCUAAGGUGAUGAAGCUGCGCAAGCUGGCCCAGCAGAUCGCCAACUGCCGCCAGUGCCUGGAGCGCUCGAGCGCCCUCAUCACGCAGGCCGAGCACAGCCUGAAGGAGAACGACCACGCCCGCUUCCUGCAGACCGCCCGCAACGUGGCCGAGAGGGUCGCCAUGGCCACAGCGUCCUCCCAGGUCUUAAUCCCCGACGUGAACCUGAACGACGCCUUCGACACCUUCGCCCUGGAUUUCUCUAGGGAGAAGAAGAUCCUGGAGGGCCUGGAUUACCUCACUGCUCCGAACCCGCCCAGCAUACGGGAGGAGCUCUGCACGGCUUCCCAUGACACCAUCACUGUCCACUGGAGCUCGGAAGACGAGUUCAGCGUCAUCUCCUACGAGCUGCAGUACACCAUCUACACGGGCCAGGCCAACUUCAUCAGUCUGUACAACUCCGUGGACAGCUGGAUGAUCGUGCCCAACAUCAAGCAGAACCACUACACGGUGCACGGCCUGCAGAGCGGCACCCGCUACGUCUUCUUCGUCAAGGCCAUCAAUCAGGCGGGCAGCCGCAACAGCGACCCAGCGCGUCUCAAGACCAACAGUCAGCCCUUCAAGCUGGACCCCAAGACGGCCCACAAGAAGCUGCGGCUGUCCAACGACUGCCUGACCAUGGAGAAGGAUGAAAGCUCCCUGAAGAAGAGCCACACGCCCGAGCGCUUCAGCAGCACGGGAGCCUACGGAGCCGCCGGCAACGUCUUCAUCGACAGCGGCUGCCACUACUGGGAGGUGCUGCUGGGGGCCUCCACAUGGUAUGCGGUGGGCGUGGCCUACAAGUCGGCACCCAAAAACGAGUGGAACGGGAAGAACUCGUCGUCAUGGGUAUUCUCGCGCUGCAACAAUAACUUCAUGGUGCGCCACAACGGCAAGGAGAUGCUGGUGGAGGCCAGCCUGCAGCUGCGGCGUCUGGGCGUGCUGUUGGACUACGACAACAACGCUCUCUCCUUCUACGACGCCAUGAACUCGCAGCACCUGCACACCUUCGACAUCUCCUUCCUGCUGCCGGUGGUGCCCACCUUCAUGAUCUGGAACAAGUCGGUGAUGAUCCUGUCAGGCCUGCCCGUGCCCGACUUCGUGGACUGCCCAGAGCAGCAAGAGGGCGUGUGUCGACCGCAGGAGUCGCCCUAUGGGUCGAGUAUGAAGGGCUGUCACUGAGACCCGUUCCCGAGACCCUCCCCAUUUGCCACCCAUUUCAUUUCACUCUUUUUUUCACCCCCCAUCUUCUUUCAUGGAUGAGCAUUGCUUACCUUUGCAGUUUAACGAACCCUGUUGUGUUUGAGUUUCGACUGCAAAAGUUUUACUUGCAUAAUGUGACUACUAGUCUUGUAAAAUAAGAAAUUAAUGACUAUUAAAAAACACAAAUGUAUAUUAUUUAUGAAUAAUAAGUUGGGUUGCUUAUCUGUCAGUUUCAAUGUAUUUAUAAUGCACUUUUUAGAUUUAAUUUCCCCAGUGUGUAAGAAAAAGAAAAUUGGGAAUGGGUUGUAUUUCUUUGUCAAGUUUAGUAGUAUAUAGAAGCUUUAUCUUAUAUAGAGACGGGAAAUAAUUUUAUUGUUACUGCUAUUUUUUACCAGGGGCAACUGUGUUAGUAAAAUGACGCAUCUCCACGAUGGAGAAGAUGGGUGUUGUUUGAAAGUUGAGCUUCAUUGCAUGUUCAGUAGUUUCUCUGUGAUUUGUCCACAACAGGUCCUUUUGUCUUGCUUUUUAAUUUUGCUUUUGUUUGUUUGGAAAGCAUGACUCAUCACCGCGACACGAGCAUGAUCCAACGGUCCAGUACGUUGCAGCGUCGAGCGCUUCGUUUCAUCACGUCUCUUCCGUCUUACCCAAGAGCGGUGGUCCCAGCUGGUGUGGAAAGUACAGUCCUGCCCCUGCGUUCAUUCCCAUUGGGCUCGAGCUGAGUUUCAGCGCAGCCUACAUUCCCAGCAAGACCAGACGUUCUUUGUUUCCUUGAGAUCAGCUGUGAGACACAUGACAGGUCCUGACAUGCAGAAGUCUCUGAGAAUAUUACUUUCUUGUCUUUCCACUUGUAAGAUCUGAAGCAGUCUUCCAGAUAAGUCGCGAGGUUUCUUCACCUUCCUUUGGCACGCAGGGAGAACAUAUCGUUUCCAGGUUUCAAGUAUGUCUGAAUCCCACAGAGCAAUAUUUUUCCUCUCUGCUCAGCAUCAGAGGCCAUGUCCAUUAGUCCAUGUGUUCAUGACUUUGUGGAAAGUAAGCGAACUCGAGUUUAUGUAAUUUCAAAGCUUUUUUUUUUUUUUUUUUAAUUUCUCAGCUUUUUACAAUUUAUGGCGCGUGACUUUCCUGAGAAGCGUUUUCUAAAUGAUACUCAGACAAUCAGCUGGAGUAAGAGAGCGGAGAGGAGCCGCGAUCCGUGUGUCCCAGUGGUCAGCGUGAGAUUGCAGGCCUUCCAUGAAACACAAGCCAAGAAGGGACCUCCGUUUUGGCCGAUGGGUGCGGGCUGGUAGAUGUAGCUCUGACGGACACGCGUCGUUCCCACCCGUGUCCUCGGCCUCAUGUCGCACAUACUUCAGCGCACGCUUUCUCCACACAGAAUGUAGACCUGCGUUUUUCUUCUGUUUUCAGUGUGUGUUUUUUGGUUCUCGUUGCGGAGUAAAAGCACAGAAUGUCUCAGCCAGGCUUGCUCGGCGCACACCGUUAGCCGACUGGCCGUCGCUUAAAGGCAGUGGGAGCUGCAGUUGGUGCUUGCGAAGCAAGAUGGGGAAACUUGAGAGCAGCAUCGGGGUCAGCACAGCGCUCCCAGCAUAACACGCGCCGCGGCCAGGAGGAACAAAGUCGAGGAGAAGCACGUCCUUCACCCGUUCUUCGUUUUUGGCCGUUCAGAAGACAAAUAUAUUGGAGAGGGGGGGGGAAAAAAAAAAAAAAAAAACUCAUAUUUGCUUAAUUCAGAACUAAAGUCAACAGUUCGGUUUAUUUGUGCCGGUAUACUUGACUGUUUGCUGCAUGAUCCAAGUCCGAGUGCAUACUGUGUACUACUUCAUAAUGUUUUGUACUAACAUUUGGAAUUGGUCAAAUGAUUAAAAUUCUUCUGUUCUUACAUAUCAGGUUUCUACAGUUUGUGCUUUUUUUGUGUUACAGGCAAAAGAAUACAGGUAACACUCUUUGUAGUGAACUGCUACAGUCAUAAAAAUGAUAGUAUUUUGCAUUUGCUGUGUUUCUUGAAAGAUUAUUUUUUUUUCCUCAUGCUCCAGAAAAAAGUGGCUGUUGAAAUCAACGCACUCCUCUCCUGAAGCAUUUAAAUCUCUCUACUGAUAUACUCGAAACAGCUGUGUGUAAAUUACUCUAUGCUUUCAUAGUUGUGUGAAUUUUAGCCAAAUAAGAAUGUAAAUCAAACGGGCAAAGUAUAUAAAAUGGCAUAAUAUAUGAACUAAUGUUAUUUAUGUGAACUUGAGUCAAAUUAAAACUG